AUGCUUGGUGCAGAUAAAAGUGCACUUCACAUUCAAUUAGAAGAAGGUAAAUGCUUGCUCAACAAGCUAAAGUCUGUGACUAAUAGUCGAAACCCGGAUGCGAUCAAAAGUCUCCUUAAGCUGUCAUAUAUAUCUUCUCCAUCUUUGAAAGCACGAUGUCCCAGAUGGCUCAGUGAUUUUCUCCUCUGCAAAAGCAUAGGAAAAAGGAAAAAGGAAGUCAUGCUUCAAAAUUACGGGGGUAUUUUAAAAUUUAAGCAUGUAAUGGAUAAAUUUUCAUUGGAUGCUGGAAUGAAGAAGACCUAUUAUGACAGUUUUGCAAAGAAGAUGGCCGAUUCUACGCCGACAAGCCAGCCCAUAGAACUAAUAUUUAAUAAUGUUAAGCAUCCACUUCAAACAAAAUCUAUUCAAGGAGAAAUAACAGAUGAUGUCCGCUUAUUGGCAAAAUUUAGGAAUGAGUUUGAUAAAAGGAUGGAAACGAAACUUAAGAUUCCCUCCCUAACUAUAAGUCUGCUGCCUACUAGAUUUGGGGAACCCCUACCAAAGGUUCGAUUGGUGAAUAUCAUGAUGAGUAGACUCAUAAAUAUUCAAAGAUUCUUUUUGCAUUACAGCCCAAUAUCCAUCAGAGAUAUGACUUAUCUUGAUAAUUUGAAUGAUAACAGUUUUUUUGAUUUUCAUCAGGAUCUUCUUCGAGGUUACAAAUUGUUUACAGAAGAUUGUUAUGCUGUUACGGAUGACGCCAAUAUUUUGACUUCACAGAUGAAUAAUCAUAUUUAUCUUAUGCCUCAUAACUUAAGCAGCAUGUUUGAAGAAGAUUUAUGA